CAAUUCAAUGUACUAAUAUCAAACUAAGCUAGUGAGUGAGUGAGUGAUAAUACUAUAUAUUGAAAUUAUGGAGUCAUCAAUGAUUAGUAGAGCUACAAUUGUGACAUUGAUGGUGUUGUUAUUAACAUCAAAUAAUUAUAAGAAUGUAGAGAGUGCUGGAGAGUGUGGAAGGACACCAAUAGGGUCAGCAGCUGCAAGCUUAAGUCCUUGUUUGGGUGCAACAAAAGAUGUAAGGGCAAAAGUGCCACCAGCAUGUUGUGCUAGGGUUUCUGCUUUGCUUAGAACCUCUCCAAGAUGUCUUUGUGCUGUGCUCUUGUCACCAUUGGCCAAACAGGCUAAGAUCAACCCUGCCACUGCCAUUACUGUCCCUAAGAGGUGCAACAUUAGGAACAGGCCUGUUGGAAAGAAAUGUGGAAGAUACACUCUUCCUUAAAAGUAAGUAUCAUCCUGAGAGAAUAAUUAUUAAUAUUAUAUAUGAUUAUGCAGUAUUUUGAAGACUAUAGAGAUCAAUAAUAAGUGGUGUAUAAUGUCAUAUAUAUGACACUAUAUCAACUAGGAAGGGUAUUAUUGCUAAGACCUGAGAGUAUUUGUAUUACAUGGUUGGAUGUUUAAUUUGUCUUGUUUGUUAUAAUUAAUAUGUAAUAUUUAGUAUUCACUGGUA